UUGAUUGGUGGAUUGUACUCAUCACGUGCUACUGCAAGAUGGCGCCAGUCACAUGGAGUGUGUAUACUACAUGUUUAACCCUAUUCAUGGUGUGUGUAUUGGUUACAUACCACGGUAGUGAGGCCGCAAAGAGGUGUGCGAGGACAUCGGGAACCCUCGAUGUCGAGGAAUUCAGGUCUGCCCCACCGUCAACAAUCAAGAAAAUAUUGGAAGCGUAUUUUGAAAGUAGAAGGCCAAAUAAACCUACAUACAGUAGACCAACAUACACGUGUACACCACAGGGCGACUCGUGUACUCCCAGCGGAAGGACUCCGUGUUGUGGUAGCAUGGGGUGUUAUAAAUACAACGGUGAAAAGUGCGUCAGGGGUGCGAGGUGCGUGUGCAGGAACCCCCUUUAUUCCAUCGAUCCUGGCUUUUAGGACCGGUCGAGAAAGAAUGAUAUUUCAGAAGAACUCGCCUUAUGAAGGAAGUGACAAUGAACCAGUUCAUAGUCAGUUAGGAUACAUUCCCACCAAUGUACCGGCUCUAUAUCGAUUAUAUGCCAUUGGAGAUAAAGGAAUAACUUUAGCCGGUCUGGAUUAGGUUUCAUUGGUGUGACUCUCGCAAUCACUAAGCAGACACUUUCUACAACGCAGCAAUUCCUUUGAAAAUGCAAGUCAAAUCACAGUGGGGAGCUGAGAGGUUUUUGCCGAAAGUUGGUGGUGGACUGGGACAGCAGAUCAUCCAAAGAUUCGGACCAGACGAAAAAUUGCAAAUAAUCUGUCGUUUGUCUAUAGAGUCCAGGACGACACUGCUGUUUUGAUUCCCCGAUUUUCGACAAAUUCCGUUUUGUCA